CGCAGGACGUGUGGUACUAUGGCUUCUUCUGGGGUGGCGGGUGGGAGACAGGCUGAAGAUACGCUACAGCCACCGCCCGAGCUGCUGCCCGAGUCCAAGCCGCCGCCGCCGCCUCAGCCUUUGCCUGUCGCCGCGCUCCCGCCGCCGGCGGCUCCGCGGCCUCAGUCCCCCGCUGGCGUGAAAGAGGAGAAUUACUCUUUUUUGCCGUUGGUUCACAAUGUCAUCAAAUGCAUGGACAAGGACAGCCCGGAUCUCCACCAGGACCUGAACGCCCUCAAAACAAAGUUCCAGGAGAUGCGGAAGCUCAUAGGCACCAUGCCUGGCAUCCAUGUGAGCCCUGAGCAGCAACAGCAGCAGCUACACAGCCUCCGAGAGCAAGUCAGGACCAAGAAUGAGCUUCUGCAGAAGUACAAGAGCCUCUGCAUGUUUGAGAUCCCCAAGGAGUAGGACCAGCUCCUAGCAAAGCUGCCAACAGACUGAAAGCGUCACACUGUGCUGUCCAGCUCCUUGGGAGCCCAGCUCUAAACUGUGAGGCCACAUGUGGCUGGUGUGGGGCCUGGGUGGCUCUACUCAGCCUCCACUCUCUAUGCCUUGGGCCUCAUCAGAGGGAGAGGGGGUAGCUGUUCCCUUCCUCCCUGAGCUCCUCCCACUCCCACUAUCAGCAUGGCAUCAGGUACAUACUGUUCCCAUCAACAGCAGUUUCAUGAAGCAUUUGCAUAGAAUUCACGGGGUAAAUUAGGCCUGCACUCAGAUGGCAUGGAUUUAUUAUAAUUAAAGAAGGCUGUGAGAGUAUGAAUAUUGUGUUGAAAGGCCAGAGGGUGGGUGGCUUCUCCCCCAAAACAGUUCACUUCCUUUUUUGUUUGAACAACUGAAUGAAACUGUAUCUCUGGGGGCGUCAGCCCAGAGCUCUGCCAACCAGCCUCCAGCUUCAGUCGCUGGCCUCCUGCAUCUCGCCUCACCUUGUAGGCUCGGCUGCCUUUGUCUCCAUCACUUCAGGCAGUGCUCAGAAUAGCCAGCGCACUGCUUGCCCGGGGCCCUUCGUCCUUCUUCCCAUGCUGGUUCAGAGAGGCGGUUAAGUAAGCGGCUCUGCCCUGAUUCAUGCCUCGUCCUCUCCGCUCUCACCAAGGAGUCAGCCAUACUUGCUACCCUGUACAUGGUCUCUGCACACUUCUAGUUUGGAGCAGAGUUGCUGGCAGGAGCAGUUGGGGGCAGUUUCUCAGCCAGGGGAUGUGUGGUUUAAAGGGCAUGGGGAGCUAAGUCUGGAGGUGCCAUCGCUGUGUUCUACUUGUAGAGAGUGCCCAGCGAGUCCCAGGUAGCACACUGUGUUCUCUGUCUCCCAGGGACUGUUACACUGAGGGCGCCAUGGCCCUUUCCUUCUCUCAGGAGGAAGGUGAGAAGUACCCAGGAUUGUUUGGAUCUUGAAAUGGGCACAGCCUGGGCUCAGCUUAGGACUUAGCAGGUGCCUGCCAACUGGCUUUGUUGGCGGAGUGCUGGCUGGGGUGUUGUUGGCGGAGUGCUGACUGACCGGGGUGUUUUAGCAAACGUUCUGUCUGUCCAGGACGCUUCACACUUGGGACCUGGAAUGUCAGUGGUUUGGGCAGAAAAGUGGACUCUGAGUUUGAAUAGAGGGUGACAAUGAAGCCACCUCUGCCUUGGGGCUGUCCUUUAACCCAGUCAGUUCCUUUCUGCCAAGGCGAAGCAGUGGCUGGACCAGCUUUAAGGCUCUGCCCAGUUCCUGUAAGGGCAGAGCACGUGAAAUGCAGGAGCUUCGGAUCUUCCUGACAGGGAAGAAAGAAGGCUUCCUCGAAGGGCUGGAGGCUCGGAGGCUUCUCUGUUCCAGUGUGUUGACCUGUCAUGUUUUCACAUAUGUAAUUAAAAGUAUGUUCUGUUCUCAGGA